UCGCAUAAAAUCUAGGGUGACUUAACUAAUUUUUUUCAAACAGAUAAAUAAUAUUGCUUUGCUUCCUAAAAGCUAUAGAGCAGCAAAAACACACAGUUCACGACAAAUUUCACUUUAUAACUCCCACGAAACGUCAUUGCAGAACUAUAAAAAAUUGCCUUUCGCUUAAUUUCAGGGCCCUCCUAAAGAUCACCAUCGCCUGGCUGUCCCUGUCAAGUGUUUUAACAAAACCAGAUAUGGCCAGACUACGACGGAAAUAUCCGCCUAAGCAAUUACGACUUCCUGAAGCGGCGUACCGGGGCUCUGUUAAUGCGUCGAUUCCGCCUACGAAUAUUGUACAGGGACGCACUGAGCCGACGGUAACCGUCGCGGGCCGCGGCGGAUAUUACACCCCAGCGCAAGAUAACCAAGCGCUGGCGACAUGGUCGGAGUCGUCGCCUGUUUCUCUACAGCCUUUACUAUCGCGGACUUCGAUCUCGAGUCUGUUGUCGGGGAGCAGUUUGGGCACGUUCUCGUUGCAUCAGAGUAUCAGAUCCGCGGAGGCGCCGGCGUCGAUCGGAGGAGAUUCGGGAGGUGAAGGGCAGUGUUCGAAGGGGUUGCGGACGAUGCGGGGACUGUAUGAGGAAGAUAUGAGGGCGCAGCAAAGGCAGCAGAUUUCCGUUGGCUCGCAUCUAGUCAGACGAAGUGCUGCUCGCGCAGGCCCCGCUGGCUUGAGGACAGAAUCCGCCACGAAGAUCACCUCCAUCACCAAUGUAAGUGCGACCCUCCUCCUCCUCCUAAGCCAAUAUCUAACCACCACCAUACAGCGCACCACAGAUAAAUUCACUUUCACCACAAACCCACCACAGCAAAGCCAACAAGGCAAACUCGUCCGCCACAGCCACAGCAACGCUACUACUGCGACAAACUACUUCGCGCCGUCGUCAAAACCGACGAGUCCGGCUAGCAGUAUACCCGCGCAACCGUCGAAUCUCUCGCGGAGGUUGUCGAUGGCGUGGAAUAUUGCUUCUACAAAGUCUUCGGUGCUGUCUUUUCACCAUAGGUGAUUGUAGUGUGAUUUCUAGUAUUUUUCUUGUUUUUAUGCACUCGGUUUUGAGCAAAUAGGUUGUUGUUUUCCUGGGAUAUUGGCUUAUUUAAUAAUGC